UGACGUUUGGAACCUUCCAAAGUUAGUUAUCUUGCGCGGUUAGUAGAUGAAUAAUUUCAAAUGGUGUCGGCAAAUUCGGGACUAAAGUCGAAAUCCACCGUAAAAUCUACACAUAGUUGACGUUGUAAGUGCCGUGCUCUUCCUGUCAGUCAAUUUGUUCUUAUUCCCCGAAAUAAGUGUGAUGAAGAAAAGAUUUCAAGGCCGCUAGAGGUGUAAAGUCCUCGAGGGUUCAAAGUAAACAAAACACGUAGUCCACGAAGAUGAUCUCUCGAACCUUGAAAAGUUUUUGGUUUCACCUAAAGCAACACAAACGCGGAUCUCGUCGUUGGAUUGUCUCAAUCGCCAUACUUCAGGUCGUCACGGUCCUCGUCUUCUUUCAUUCAUCGCCCAGUAAUGUUUGGAGAAACCCUUUCGCUGUGCAAAUUCAACAAGUUCAAAAUGAAUUGCAGACUUCCGUCAAUUCUCUGCCGAUGAUUAGCUUCGAUGAAAAUCGAGUCGUCACACUGGAAGAUGACGAGUUUUCGCACUUCCAGCCCGUCGGACUUGCGCCUCUCUGCUACUUGGAGGGAACAUCUGUUUCUAAAACGUUGUCCAGCAAUAGCUCCAAAUGUCUGUGCCGGGCCAAUUAUUUUGGUCACGAAUGUGGCAUCCCGGCUGCCGUUUGGCACCGGACCAUAUCCAAAAAGUAUCAUAGAUGGCCACUGAAGCCACGAAAAGUGCCAAGGAGGAUAAUUCAUGGUCUCAAUAUAAAUCAUGAAAUUGAAUUUUUCCGUGUUCGACUUGAAGAAUUGAAGGAUGCUGUCGACGUAUACAUUGUCUGUGAAUCAAAUUACACAGCCCACGGAGACGCCAAACCACUUCACUUGAUGGAUAAAUUACGGUCGGGUUUCAUGGGGGCAUAUCACUCAAAAAUCGUUCACGUUCCAUUGUACAAGUUCCCGCCGGAGGGUCGAGAAAACGGUUGGUUCAUCGACAUGUACUUGCGGACCUACAUGGGCAUUCACGGAUUGAAGCGAGUCCACGGAGUCCGAUCGGAUGACUUGUUCGUUCUGCUGGAUGCAGAUGAAAUUCCGACACGGGAGGUUCUCAUGUUCCUCAAACUCUACGACGGAUAUCCAGAACCAGUUCGCCUUGCAAUGCGUUGGUCUGUUUUCGGAUUUUUCUGGAAACGGAAGAGGGGCAAACAAACUGGAUCCAUAUUCAACUGGAUAUUGGAUGUUGUAAAAGAAGACGACAAUAACGCCGAAGAUCUACUCGAAGUCACUGCGGUGAGCACAAUGAAUCUGGUGUGGAAAGUCUGUCAAAACAACACAUUUCUCAUUCGCAAAGACAUGACCAACAAUGCCGAUUUCCAGGAGAGGCUAAGUCAGUACCGCACAGAAGGUAACCGCGUUUCACCGUGGACAUCGGGGACGAAACAAGCCUACGCUGGUCACCAUUGCUCAUGGUGCUACAGUCCGGAAGGCAUUCGGACGAAACUGCUAUCGGCACACGCGGACGAUAAACCACGAUGGGGUGACUUUGCUGAAAAACUCGACCUCCGAUACAUUUCUCGACUGAUUCGGGAAGGUGAAUGGUUCGAUUCCUCUCGUCCAUUUGUGAUGGCUGACUUGGAAAAGGAAGAGCAGUACGCACCGAAAUUUAUGCUACAACACCCCCAGCAAUUCAGUCAACUUCUCUAUCCUCCUGACAUGACAAACGAAUUGUAUUCUUCAAACUCCCAUAAUCUUGAUUCCCAAUAAUUAAUUCUUAAAAAGA